AAUUUCUCUUCUGUUUGUAUCUUGCUGUUUUUCCAACAAGAUUCAAUCAAAAUGACAGCACUUGCGACAGGAUUAUAAACAAGCCCUUCGAAGGAAGAUAAAAAAAGCAGCGAAAACGCAACGAACAAAACCAAUCGAUAAGCCUAGGGUGAAAUUGUGCAACAUUUUCCGGUAACAAACUGCAGCGAAUUAGAAAGGAAUGAUGUUCAAUUAGAAACUAGAAUAUCGUGUGGUUGGGGGGCGUGUCCAAAUUGGUGUGUUAUCGGCGUGGGGGGAGGGACAAAGCAACGGGACGAGGACGAGUGUGUGGCCAAAAUAGGAAACUUGAAGCGAAAAUUGGAACUUCGGAGCAUGAACAAAAUCUUGCUGGUUCUGAUCAUUGCCAGCGGGUUUCUGCUGAUCAUCUAUGCCAACAGUAGCAUCUUCAACCGGAGGAACAUCCUGACGAUCUUCCAAAAGACUGACCACGAGCACCAUCACCAUGGAGGGGGUGGCGGUGGUGCCCAUUCGGAAGCCCUGCUGGAUCACCACAAUUUGGGGGGUGCGGUGGGUGGGAAGGCGGCGGCCGUGCACUUUUUGGGCAGUCGACUCAACGAGCUGAAACGGGUCAAGUACCUGCCGAAGGAGAACAACGCCACCGAGUACAACAUCUUCAUCAUCUACACCAAGGAAAGCCAGAAUGUGAUCCUGAAGAGCAAGUUCGAGCUGUUCCUGAAGAGUCUGCUCAAGUACACGACCAUUCCGAUGCACCUGCACGUGAUUACGGACGAGCAGAGCGAGGGCUCGGCAGAGGAGCUGAUCCGGGAGCAGAUUGCCCACUACCGGAAGGUCGUCUUUUACACGCUGUACGACGUGAAGGACUGCGCGGAGAAGAUCAGCGACAUCGUCAAGAGUAUGCUGCCGUUGUUCAAUUAUAAGACGGGAAGCUACUACAGCGACGCCCUCUUCCUUCUCUCCCUCGGCCUGCACCGGAUCGUGGACGUCAACAUGAAGCGAGCGAUCCUCAUCGACUGCGACGUCGUGUUCCGGUCCUCGGUCAAGGAGCUCUUCGACCAGUUCGACCACUUUGAACCGGAACACCUGUUCGGCCUGGCCCCAGAACUGACCCCCGUCUAUCUGCACAUUCUGUACAAGUACCGGGCGCAAAAUUCGCACACCCUGUUCGGCACGCCCUACUACCUGAACAAGACGACCACGACCACGAUCGGCAACUCGAUCGGCGGCUUCUUCAGCCGGACGGCCAAGAAAACCAAACACGGCUACCCGGGGCUCAACUCGGGCGUGGUCAUGCUCCAGCUGGACCGGAUCCGGCAGUCGCGCCUCUACGAGGAGAUCAUCAAGCCCGACUCGGUCAAGAACAUCGUCGAGAAGUACUCGUUCAAGGGACACCUCGGCGAUCAGGACUUUUACACGCUGAUGGGGUUCGAGUUCCCCGGGUUGAUCUACCGGCUGGACUGCGUCUGGAACCGGCAGCUGUGCACGUGGUGGCGCGAGAACGGCUACGGUAACGUAUUCGAUAGUUACUUUUACUGCGAGGGACCGAUCAAGGUGUACCACGGGAAUUGUAAUACGAGGAUUCCGGAGUGAGAGGCGGGGGGAGGGAGGGAGGGAGGAAAGUUGUCCGUACUUGCCAUAUCGUAGUUAGAGUUGGGAGGAUUUCUUUUGAUUCAGGUGUGCUGUCUCUCUUUACUUCUUGGCGGUGGCGGUAACAAGUUGCUAAAUUCUUAAAUUUCAUCCCUGAUUAUUUUAAAAGAUCGCAAUAUUAUUAUCACCGCUCUAAAUAUUAAGAUCGUUGAUUUAAUCAAAUAAAUAUACAGCCCUACCGUGUUGUGUUAACCGCAAAAAGGAUUUUGGGAACAGAUUACAUUUCAAAGCAUCUGUAGGGGCAGAAGGAUGCGUGGACAUACCGUACCACAUACCAUGAAAAACCGUGAGUUCUUUAAUUCAUAACUUUAAUUAUUUUUUUAAAUAUUAUAAUUAAAUUUCUUAGGUUUUUAACUUUUUGAAAAAAAAUUUUAGAAUACCUUAACAUUUCAGAAUUUUGUUAUUGAAAAUUUAAGUAAUGCCUUGAAAAAAAAUCAAAACAUUUUUUUUGUAAAACUAGUAUGAUUUACCGAGUUUUUUUUAUUUAAUAGAUUAAAAAAAAGAAGUACGAAUUUAACAACAAAAAAUUAAGUAAAUUAAUUAAUUCAAAAAAUCAUAUUGAAUAAAUCUAAGAAUUUUGAAAAUAGUAGAUCGGCUUUUGAAUUUACAGAUUGUUUUAAAAAUGUUGGAUUUUAUAAUGGAAAUUAUGCGUUUAAGGUCUUAAAUUUUAGAUUUUUUAUGUAGGGUAUUUGUCCCUAUUUUGGGCCUAGUACCUAUAUUGAGCCUACCAAACAUAAUUUGACGAAAUUGUGCAUUCCACCGUCAAUUUGCAGGCAACUGCCACUUGGGAAUGAUUCUUGCUGUCAUUAGCUUCAGUUUGGUGGGCAAAAAUAAUUCACUAUUUCCUUUUAAAUAGGAAAAAACGGAAUAAACAUAUCACUCGUCAAAUUUUUCGUGGAAAAUUACUAAUUGCCCAUUAGGCCCAAAAUUUUCACCACUUUUGCUUACCGCUUGUUGACACUCAGCGUUACGGCUUUCAUCACUCGGCACACGAAUGAGAGCCUUCCCCCAAAUCUCAAACCACCAGCAAUAGGUUUUUAUUGGCGGUUAGCAUUAUCCCGGUUCAAAAAACAAUCACUAAACUGACACCAAUCAAUUAUAUUCUUAAUCAAAGUUACUAUCUUAAUUUUGUAGACGAUGCCUGUAUUUUCAGUCCAUUUGACACUUCUACAAACUGUGACAGUGUGUGCGCGCCUUUCACAUCUCAAAGUCCUUACUCGCGUAGUAGUGAUUAAAUAAUUGGCUGCGCAACAAAUAUUUCAUUAUGUUUAAAGCUCAUAAAUUAAUGAAAUAAAUUAUGCUCAUUCAAUUAAUGCUCGUAAUUUAACUGUUACUGGUUAAAUCAAUCAUUCUAACGAUGAUUUGUGGCUUGAAACCGCACAACGAUUUAGCCUGUUUGGUGACCGUACUUUUUGGGGCUGAACUGUACGAGCUGGGGCUGAACCGUACGUCAAAAAAGUUCGCCACGUGCUUCGAGAUUUCAACCAAUCAGAAGGUAGGCCGAAAAUAUGCACAAAGAAGGUCGUAUGCUAGAAGCAAUAUCCCCAAAAUAGGGGCAAAAAUGUUUUAGUUUUUCGUGCUUUUACAGCGAUAUAAGGCAUUUUUAUCAAAAUGUUGAUAAUGUACGAGAUUAAGCAUUAAAAAACCAACUUAUUCAUGUAAAACAAACUAGGCUGCCAAUAGCAGCCUUUGAGAAUACAUCAAAUUAAAAGUGCGCUCUGCUUAGUAGGCCCAAAAUAGGGACAAAUACCUAAUUUUGAACUGUAAAAUUUUAAAAGGCUAGUAAAAUAUAUUUUUUUAUAUUUUAUACUAAUAAUUGCAGUGCAUCCGAGAACACUCGAAAAUGUAUUACAAAACAUAAAUUAAAAAGGCCAGCCAUACAGCGUUGUGUUUACCGCAGAGAGGUUUAUGCGAACGGAUCACAUUUUAAAGAAUCUCCAGGAGAAUAAGGAUGCGUGGACAUACCGUAUUAAACGCUCCGAUAAAAUGAAGUUUUAAUGUUAUAAUUCACUAUUUUAACAUAAAAAAUUGUUUAAAAAAAAUAUAAUUUUGAAAUUGCUUGCAUUAAUUUGACUCAAAAAGUGUAGUUAAUUUUUUUUAUUUACUUAUUUCAAAUUUUGAAGACAAAGCUUACAUUCAAUUGAGUCCUAAAAUGAAGCUUAGAUUGCUGAUAUUAUUGUUUACAGCGAUAAAGCUUAUUUUUCUGAGUACAAUGACCCUUUGUACGACCACAAAGAGUUUAAAAUGGAUUUUUAAAUCAAUUUUGAAAAAUUAACCUCGCAGUCCUUCUUGACAGAAAAGCUCCUACUUGACAGCUCAUUCCAAGGGGACCAUAGUUGAUUCAUCGAACAAAUGUUGUCUUGUCAAAAAAAAAUUGCAUUUAAAUGAAAAUAGUGAUCAGAAAUGGUUUUUAAUCGUGUUUUUUACCGUUGUACAUAAAAUUACAUAAAUUUUUUUUGGAUAUUUAAAUUUAAAUUUUUCACUUUUUAGAUUUUUAAAUUUAAAUUUUUCACUUUGAGAUAUUUUAGAUUUUUUUUUUGCUUUUUAGAUUUUUAAAUUUGCAGGCCAAGGAUUGAUACCUAAGAGCAUGCAAUGGCACUGACCUUGUUGCGUGCUCUUCGGUUGACGUCCACGUAAGGAACAUCCUGGAAGGAGCGUAACUAACUACAUCCGUAGUUCUGUUAGAUCAUCCGAACUAUCUUGAUCAGAACAGUAUAGCUCUGGUUCCUUGCGAGUGUCCUAUUUUCUUACCUCCACGUUGGCUUGGUUUUCAUGAUGACCUAGCUGGUGGCCUGUGGAAACGGAUCGUAAACCUUUGACCACCGCGGGUCAGAGUCGAGACGGCUAAAAGAAAAGGGCGCGACAAUGUGGGAAAGGGAAGUAAUUUGUGAUUGUAGACGGUAUUGUUUUGAUUCGCAGUAUGUUGAGUCAACUGCUGUGGAUGUACCUGAAACAUCGCACAACGGGGUUUCUCUUCUCUUCAUUCUCAGCUACCACCUAUCUCCUAUUUUUGUUUUGCUCUUCUGAUUCCCAAUUCUUCACUGAUUCUUCUAUUUAAUAUCCAACAUUUGAUUUUAAUGUUACUAACUUUUGAUUCUCUUAUCUCUCAAAGCUUUUCCACUCUUUUCUAUCAAUUGAUACUGCUGUAAAAACUUUGUGUUUUUCAUUAAAAAUAUACUUUUCCUUAAUGUACUAGUAAUAUCAAGUCUAUUGUUCAUUUGCCUAAUCUUUUUUGAUUUUAUUGCGAAUUUAUUUAUUUGAAUAAUUCUUUAUCUGUCCUAUAAAUUAUCAUUACUAUAAUCUAAGCUUGUUUUGCAUCUCUAUUUAUUAACUAUUGUCUAAUUUUACAUCUAAUACAUCUAGCUUCUCAUUUUUAUUCUUCAAAAUACGCUCAUCAUUCUCUUACUAUUGAUACUUGAUUUUUAUAAAAUAAAUUCUCUUUUACUGGCUAUUGUUUUCAAUCUUCACCCUUUUUUCAAACAAGUGAGGUUUGAGCCUUUACUCAAUUUAUGGAAUGGUUAAAGAAUUAACACAAAUAUUACUAUUGUAUUUUUGGUAAACUUUUAUAACAUGCUUAGGACCAAAAAUUGUAACAAAACACCGCGACAAAAGAAAUAGCUACAUAUAAACACGAUUCAGCACUAGGAAAGAUUUCAGGAGAAAACAAUACACAGUAAAUAACAAUUAGUUUUUGAAUUUAAACUAAAAAUAUAACAGUUUUUGCUUUAAUGAAAGUUGAUAGGCACACUAUAAAUGGUUAGGCGCUUAUACUUACAUCAAACCCUACGUAAUGUACCACCCCCGGCCGAGUUAAAAUGCGUAACCGGAAAAGAAGGUGUGCAUGCCUGGCACGAACACUCAAAGCGUGUUCUAGCGUGUUGCUCGUACUGACUCAGAGCAAGGGUGAGAUGUAGGUGUAAGGGCAGUGCGAGUUCGUCGGGAACCUGGUGCAUAAGAUCGGUCAAGGCCCGUUCUUACACUGAAAAUUGCGAAUUGCGAAUUGCUUUUUAGAUUUUUAAAUUUAAAUAAAGUUAAAAAAAUAAGAUUUUAAUAAUCUUAAGAAAUUUGGUAAUUGAAAUUAAUAGUAAAGUUUUCAAAAAAAUCAAAACAUUUGACUGCAUUCCAGAUUUUGAAGUUUUGAUUUUUAAAAAUAUCUAGAUGUUUUCUUAUUAAAAAAAAACAUGCUGGUAAUAUUUUUUAGUAAAUUGAAGAUGAUGAUUUUUUUUAACGUGCGAUUUUGUUUUAUUCUGGAUUUUUAGUUUUAAAACAACAGAAAUAGGAAUUGGAAGUUUCAAAUUGU